AUGACCCCCACAGCUUCCGCCAGCUCCCCCGCGGUGCCAUCCAAGUCGCAAACCAAGCACAUUGCCAAUCCACGACGCCUGCUCGUCCUAACCCCAACAUCCCAAUCGCUCUCAAUAAUUCCUCCUCUCCUACACUCUCUCACCGGCGUACCCGUCACCAAUCCCCCACAGCACGAUUCCACCACAGAAACAUCAUCUCAAACCCCGCCUCAACCCUCCGAAAACGCAUCCACACCCACCAUUAUAACCACCGCCACCUCCUUCGCCGGAUAUACAACCCACAGCCCGCUCCGCCUAGAUACGAAAUACUACUCUGCAGAGAUCCCGCUCUGGGUCGACGAGAUACCCCUCACAACCGACACCCCCGUAAUCACAGAAGGCACCACAAAUACACCCGCUCCAGGCCAAUGGCGCACGGAAUUCCUCAGCGAAGAGGCAGAGAUCGUGCGCGAUGCCGUCGGCGCUCUAGUCGUCUGCGUGCGCAGUCCUGAGUCCAGGAUGACCGCUACUUCUACUGCAGAUGCAGACGCAGACCCGGCGAGUCGCGCAGAUGUCCGCGCGGUGCUAGAUUUGAUGCGCGACGUUGGGGCUGUCAAGAGCUGUAUUGAUGAGGAGCGGGGCGGGUAUGGUGAUGUGCCGGGUGUGUUUGUUUUGGUGGGGAGUCGCAGUUCUGCUGUACCGACGAGUGCUGCGUCGGUCGAGGAUAAAGGGAUGGAGUUGGGGGUUGAUGAUGUGGACUUGGGGGAUGGUGCUGCGGAUGUGCCAUUCUCGGUGGGUUGGUGGGAGGAUCAACUUUUUGAUUUGGGGCUUUAUGGGUGGGAAGUUGUGGAAUGGGAUUCUGCGGAGCAGGGUGUCGAGAAGACGAGGAAUAAGUUUGGAGAGUAUGAAGGUAUGCCGCGCAUCAAGGAAGUACUGGAGACGCAUGACUGGAGUACAUCCGGGGGUGUAAACGAUCUCGAUGAUGCCGACCUUGACUUCGAUGAUGAUCUCGAGGAAGGGCUGCUUGGUUUUGGGAGAUCAGCACAUACUAGCGGCUUUGGACAUGAAGUCCAAGAGUUGGAGCGUGAAAUGAUGGGUCUGCGUAUGGCUAUUGAGCGCGGUGGUGGCGAUGUUGAUGAGAGUGAUAUUGAUGGCGAAGACGGGGAUGAAGAACUCAAGGUUGAGUCGAUUGAGACUCUUAUGAUGCGGAUGCAGGCUAUUCGAGAUAUGGGAUCGGAACUACCUGAAGGCGAACGCAGGAGGUUUGCUGCAAAGGCUGUGUCGGAUAUUAUGCGAGAACUAUAG